UCUCCUGUCCUCUCCUCUCCUCUCUUGUCUCCUCUCCUGUCCUCUCCUCUCCUGCCCUGCCUCCUCCCAGCUGCAGGGCGGGUUUCUGGGCUCCCUCCAUGCCACCGACCCGGGACCCCCAUCCCUACCCCAAACUCCACAACGAGGACUCCUUCCCGGGCCAGCCCAGGAGCUCCCAGAAAGCCCCUUACACAUCUCCCACCCACCUCGCCCAGCAGAAAGACCCUUGGCACCGGCUGCACACGACGCCCACUCUCGCCAGCAUCAGGAAGGAUGUGAAUUACUUUGAGCCACAGGCCCCGAAAGACGAUCUGGACUUCCGCAUAAAAACCUUAUAUGACCACCACAGCGGGUUCCUGCAGGACAACAGUCAGGUGCUACUGCACUUGGAGACCGUCAACGAUGACCAUGGGAGGCUCAAGAUGCCCAUUCCUGAGGAGCUGCCUCCCCCAGUCCUCCCCUACAAGACCAUCCAGGGGACCAUAAGGCACUGGGUGAACCCCAAGAAGGAGUCGAUCCACAGUGUCCAGGGGACCAUUGUGUCUCCUCAUAAUGCAGCCACGAAUGGUGGCUACUCUCGCAAGAUGGACGGUGGCUUCUUCUCCACAUAGUGGCCUCAGGCCCCAGGGGGAUGACCGAGGUACGGAGAGACAGCGGGGGGGUGGACGUGGGAGACAUCUCUCCUCCUGGUCAGUUCUUGGCCGCCACCCAAGGCUCUUACUCCUCUUGAUUAAAGGACUU